AGCUCACGGCGGUCUCGUAUUCUUCAACCAUCGCAUACUUCAUUCACUGUUCAGUGCUUGAGGUGUGUGCUGUCUGUGCUUUAGUUCUUCGAUCUCUCACGCGGAUAUAUCAGUGCAAAGGAAAGUUGGAUUCCCAGUCAUUCACGUUGAAAUCUUUAAGCCCAUGAGGUGUCAAUUGAACUAGCUUGAUGACAAUUCGUUCUCGAGUACUUUGCGCUUUCAAAGUUAGCUCGAGGUUGAGGCUCAAGCUCAAAGUUCCGGAAUCUAACAUUCGUGAUACAAAAAUGACGGACGCAGCCACUUUAGAAAAGUUGGAAGCGGCGUUCGCCACCCUUCAGGGCCAGGAGAGCAAAUCCCUGCUCAAGAAAUACUUAACCAAAGAAAUUUUCGACAAGCUCAAGACUAAAGUUACCUCCUUCAACUCAUCCCUCCUCGAUGUCAUCCAAUCAGGAGUUGCUAACCCAGACUCUGGAGUAGGAAUCUACGCCCCUGAUGCUGAGUCCUACUCUGUGUUCGCUGACCUGUUCGACCCCAUCAUCGAAGACUACCACGGUGGCUUCAAGCCCACAGACAAACACCCAGCGAAGGACUGGGGUGAUGUCAGCACCUUAGGAAACUUGGACCCCACCGGCGAAUACGUCAUCUCAACCCGUGUCCGAUGUGGUAGGUCAAUGGAAGGAUACCCCUUCAACCCUUGCUUAACCGAGGCCCAGUACAAAGAGAUGGAAGAGAAAGUAUCCUCAACCCUCUCUGGUCUCAGCGGCGAAUUAGCCGGUAAAUUCUACCCCCUCACUGGAAUGUCCAAGGAGACCCAGCAACAACUUAUUGACGACCAUUUCCUCUUCAAGGAGGGUGACCGUUUCUUGCAGGCUGCCAAUGCUUGCCGAUUCUGGCCCACUGGUCGUGGUAUCUACCACAAUGACAACAAAACAUUCUUGGUAUGGUGUAAUGAAGAAGACCACUUGCGACUCAUCUCCAUGCAAAUGGGAGGAGAUCUAGGAGAGGUCUACCGCCGAUUGGUAACAGCUGUGAACGACAUUGAGAAGCGUAUCCCAUUCUCCCACCACGACCGUCUUGGUUUCCUGACUUUCUGCCCGACCAACUUGGGAACCACCGUUCGUGCAUCCGUGCACAUCAAAGUACCCAAAUUAGCAGCCAACAAGGCCAAGCUUGAGGAAGUUGCCUCCAAAUUCAACCUCCAGGUCCGAGGUACCCGAGGAGAGCACACCGAAGCUGAAGGUGGCAUCUACGACAUCUCAAACAAGAGGCGUAUGGGACUGACAGAAUACGAAGCUGUCAAGGAGAUGAGCGAUGGAAUCACGGAACUUAUCAAAAUUGAACAAGAGCUUAAGUAAACAUCCAAGCUCAAGCAUUACUAAAGAUAUCGUUAUUUCCAAGCUUGAAAGAACAUUCGUUUAAACUUUAUAUGUAAAUUAAAAGAUCAGUAUUACGAGAUUUAAUGUAAAUAUCACUAAUUAAACUUGUUCAAGCCAAAAAAAUUAAUUUUUGUUUUCAUUAAAUUCGAUUAAUUACGUUUAUUCUUUGUCUUGCUUAAGAUUUUAAGAUGAUUCAAAGGAAGAACCCGAUGAAGACAAAUCAAUGUUCAGAUUUAGAAGACCAACCACACGCUAAUAAGCGUAGUCUGAGGAACUCAAAUCCUUGCAUAAUUGGUAGUUUUGUAGGUGGUUCCUUCCGAAGUCCCAUCCAGUUUCUCUCUCUUUUCCCUCUCUCCUAAAUUCAGCCCCUGGAUCACGUCCAGGGACAGAAUUCCUCUCCUCUUUUUUGCUUCCAGCUUCUAGUCUAGAAAUAUAGGUGGUUUAAGUUCUGAGCUGCGUUUAUUGUUCCUCUGGAAUUUGUGUUUCAUGCACAAAUGGCAAGAUGGGACACUCGAUAAACAAUCUAUUGUAAAUUAAUGGUAUCCUAUGGAAAGAAAAAGAAAUAACAUGUUACAUGUUUGUAUUAUUUAUUUUGGAAAAUAUACAACUGUUUCCAAAA